AUGGCCUCCGGUUAACUUCUUAGUAGAAACGGGCGCGAACGGGGUGAUGGAGGAGAGAAACGAAGCGAUUAACAUGAAGCAGACGAGUAUGGUCGAAUGUGGCGAUCAACCGGAUAGAACACUCAUCGAACGGGAGGAACGUCCUCGUUCUUCUCGGCCUGCCAUGGAUGUUAAUUUAUAUGCCGCCAAAAAGACAGUUGCUCAAGGGAUGAUGGACAUAGCCCUUCUUACUGCCAAUGCAUCUCAAUUGAAAUAUGUUUUGCGUGAAGGGGAGAAUGACAAGUACUAUCUACUAAACGUCACUUGCCUCAGCGUGUCUAUCUCGUUACAGAUCAUCGUGGGAGUUUUAUUAGUAUUGAAUAACCGCUACAAUAUCAACAUGACCGCUCAGCAACAUAAUGCAGAAUUGCUUAAUAAUUUAACUAUCAUAGGUAUAUUUUUGAUUACAGUUGUCAAUGUUUUCAUAUCGGCAUUCGGCACUUCGCAUUAAGAAUGGCCUAUGUAGUACAUAUUUAUAUUUGAGCUUAUUAAAAAUAUAUUAUGUUGUAAAUACUUUCAUAAGAUUCUCGGUGUAAAUAAUUCUACAUAAAUAAGCUUCGUGUUUACAUCACGGCGAUGUUUAUAAUAUUAGAUUGAAAGUUUAUAUGAUGAAAUUUUAUUGAAUGUAAGUAAAAAGUGGAAAAAAAAAUAUAUUUUUUAGUAAUAAAAAUUUUUUAGCCUAUAUUUCUUAUAUAAAAUGUG